AACGGUGUUGACUUGACAUAGAGAAAGAGAGACACGACCAGAGACUUGGGGAGCAGCGCUUUGACCGGGUGGGGGGGGCAAACAGCUUGAAGUGGGGACCCACUUCAGUAAGGCCUGAAGCACAGCUGGCUGGGCCCAUGGAGGUGGAAUUCAUAGCCGGAAAGAUGGCUUCUCCGGCCUGUGCCGUGGGCCCCAUGGACAGUGUAGAGCUCCUGGACCUGCUCUUCGACCGGCAGGAUGGCAUCCUGCGACAUGUGGAGCUGGGCGGGGACUGGGGUCACUCCUCUGAGGACCAGGUGCUGCCAGGUGCAGACUCCGACGGCUUCCUGAGCUGCCUCCUGGGCCCUGGGGACUCAGUGCCCAGCUCCCCGACCUGGUCCCCAGCUGCCAGCGACAGUGGCAUCUCUGAGGACCUGCCCUCUGACCCCCAGGACACCCCUCCCCGCCGGGGCCCACCUCCCACCACAGCAGAGGGCCCUCCCUCUGAGCCUGGCAAGGAUCUCUGCCAUUCCUUCCUCCCCAGCCCACCCUGUGUCCCCACCAGGCAGCCGGGGGCCCGAGCACUGGAGACCUCGGUGGCCAUUGACCUGGAGCUGUGGAGCUCAGGAGACCUGCGUGUGGAGGAGCAGGCCGUCUCGCCCUCCCGCUUCAGCCUGUCCGUGAAGGAACUCCUGCUGUCCGGCAGCGGUGGGGACCCGCAACAGCAUCACCCAGCAGCUGUCCAUGUGCUGCGGCCUGGGACCGGUCACUGCCAGGAGCUGGUGCUGACUGAGGACGAGAAGAAACUGCUGGCCAAGGAAGGCAUCACCCUGCCCACACAGCUGCCCCUCACCAAGUAUGAGGAAAGGGUGUUGAAGAAGGUCCGCCGGAAAAUCCGUAACAAACAGUCGGCCCAAGAAAGCCGGAGAAAGAAGAAGGAAUACAUCGAUGGCCUGGAGACGCGGAUGUCAGCCUGCACUGCACAGAACCAGGAGCUGCAGAGGAAAGUCCUGCACUUGGAGAAGCAAAACCUAUCUCUCUUGGAGCAGCUGAGGAAACUUCAGGCCCUCGUGGUCCAGUCUACCAGCAAGUCUGCACAGACCGGCACCUGCAUUGCGGUCCUCCUCCUGUCCUUCGCCCUCAUCGUGCUGCCCUCCGUCAGCCCCUUUGCCUCCGGCAAGGCCGAGAGCCCCGGGGACUUCGCACCCGUGCGUGUCUUUUCCAGAACCUUACACAAUGAUGCUGCCUCCCGUGUGGCCCCUGGGGUCCCAGGCCCCAGGCCUGACACUGGCACACCUCAAAAAGCAUCCCCAGGUAGCCUUGGGAUGGACUGGGGGCGCUUCCUGGACAUUCUGGGGCAGGGAAGCUCAGUGGAGGAGCUAGACGACACCCCCCUGGUCCUGAGCAACUCCACUGAUGGGCUGGGCCGGGCUGCCCUGCUGGACUGGGCGGCCCCGGACCCCGUGCUCAGCUCGGGGCUCACAGGGAUGGAGGCGGUGGGGGAGCUGUGAACACCCCAGGAUCAUGCCUCUGGACCCCUCUGCCCAGGGGCACCUCGUGGGGGUUCAGCCGUGGGUAGCAGCCCCUCCCUCUGGACUGAUCUUCAAGUGAGGAGGAUCCACAAGGGCUGAGAAAACCAUGCAGACUCCCCACUAGACAGACAGACAGGCGUCUCCACAGCCCCAGCCUGGGGCUCCCAGACACCACAGAAAUUUGUGGAUUCAGGGUGGCUGCAGUGCAUGGUCACCCUCUUUUCUAAGACUUCUGUAACUCUAAAUAAAGUAUUUUGC